AUAAGGAAAUAAAGAAUCCUAAAAGGAGUAAGAGGAAGUAGUUUUGUUUGCCAAUGGGCUCGAUUGUUAUAGAUAUUCCAGAUGGAGAAGGGGUUGCGCCCAGCAAAAUAGAAAAGAAGAAAUUUGAUAGUUCUUGUCAACCCAUUAUUUCCUUUCUUAGAGAAAUGAAAAAUAAAAGGCAUGGCAUGAGAAAAGUGAUUCAUAGUAUCAAGGUUGGUGUUGCUCUCGUUUUAGUUUCUCUUUUCUAUCUACUUGAUCCUCUGUAUAAGCAAGUUGGAGAUAAUGCCAUGUGGGCCAUAAUGACUGUCGUGGUUAUCUUCGAGUUCUUUGCAGGCGCUACUCUCAGCAAGGGAUUAAAUCGUGGAAUUGGGACUAUACUAGGGGGUGGAUUGGGGUGUUUAGCUGCAGCUUUCGCCCAAGCAGUCGGUGGGAUUGGCAGAGCCAUAGUUGUUGGCAUUGCUGUCUUCAUAUUCGGUGCCGUCGCAACGUACACUCGACAGGUGCCAAACAUUAAGAAGAAAUACGAGUAUGGAGCAAUAAUAUUCCUCCUCACUUUCAAUCUGGUUGUUGUAUCGGGUUUACGCGCUGAACAAGUCAUGCAAUUAGCCCGUGAACGUCUCUCAACCAUUGUUAUGGGCUUCAUUAUCUGCAUUUUCACAAGUUUGCUCGUCUUCCCCAUAUGGGCUAGUGAUGAACUUCAUGACUCUUUUGUCACCCGAUUUGAAGACCUUGCUCGCUCUCUCGAAGGAUUCUCCAAGGAAUACUUUGAAAAUAUCAACGAGAAGGAAAAGAAGUCUAGUGAUAAUUUCAUUAGUAAUUGCAAAUCAGUCCUGCACUCCAAGUCAAAGGAUGAAUCAUUGGUAAAUUUUGCAAGAUGGGAACCAUGGCAUGGAAAAUUUGGGUUUUCCUACCCUUGGGGAAAAUACCUAAAAAUAGGAGAGGAUCUAAGAGAUUUGGCUACAAUCAUCCUUUCACUUAAAAGUUGCCUUAGACCAUCAACGCAGUUGCCGGAAAUUCUUCGACAGUCAGUUAAAGAACCAUGUGAAGCAAUUGUAGCGUCACUUGCCUGGACACUAAGAGAACUUGGAGAAAGCAUUACAAAGAUGAGAAAAUGUGGAUCUGAGGAAACGAUAGUGCCAAAACUGAAGUCAGUUAGGGUAGAGCUAAGUCGCAUUCUAACUCCUUCCACACAUGGAACUACUGUGGAGAAUACCAAUGGUCUUGGAUUAGCAGGCUUAGUAUAUUCUUUAAUGGAGAUGGUGGAAAAGAUGGAAGAAUUGACAAAAGAAGUGGAGGAACUUGGAAAACUCGGAGGUUUCCAUAAAAAUAGUUGA